AUGCCUCUCAUACUAGAGCCCAUGCAGGAGAGUGACAUGGAAGCGAGCGUCGACAUCAUGUGGGAGGCCUUCCGUGAUAGCAUCAUGGGCAUUAUGUACCCUCAAGGCUUCACCAAGGCAGCGAGAGAACAUACCCUACAGACCUCGCUCAAAGCGUGGCGCAAAGACCCGGAGAAGUACCGCAAGAACAAGGUUAUAGAUACCGACCUACCGGACGAUGAUCGGUACAACAAGAUCGUAGGGACCGCAUGGUGGAAGUUCUACCCCAAGCCAAGGACCGACGCUGAGAUUGAAAAAGAAGACGAAGAGAGUAAGCAAGAUGGCCUACCGCCUGAUAUCGACGUCUCCAUGAUUGAGGGUUUCGGCGCCGCACUCCAGCACGCGAAGAAGGUACAUGUUGCCGGCAAGCCUCACAUUGUACUGCACAUCCUAACGACGCAUCCAAAUCACCACAGGCGAGGCGUGGGAGCGAUGCACCUGGAAUGGGGAUUCGAGCAGGCCAACAAGCUUGGGUUGCCGGUAUGGUUGGAGGCCAGUCCGAUUGGGAGGCCUCUUUAUGCGCGCAUGGGCUUUGAUACGGUUGGGUGGUUGCCGUUUGACUUUACCAGAUUUAAGAAUGGGAAGGAUCUGCCGCAUGCGCUGAUGCUGCGGCAGCCGGAAAGGACUAAGGGCGUAAACAGUAGCGUAGAGGACAGCAUUACUGUGGCGUGA